GCACAUCCUUGCGGCAGAAGAUCCUCGCUAGCGUGCAUCGUCUCAGUCUCCUUCCCCAUCUCAGAUCGAUCUAGCCCUGGACUGAACCCAGCACCUCUGUCCCGUCUUCGCUCGCCGGCCGCCACCAUGGCCGAAUCCCCACCCCAAACCCUACCCUUCCUCCUCCUCACCCUCAUCCUCCUUUCGAUUGCCCCCGCCGCCAGCGCGGCCGCGUUCGCCGGCCUCGACGCCUUCCUCGCGUCGGCCGCCGCGCGCGACCCCUCCGCCGCCAACGACACCUUCGCCUCUCUCCCCGCCGGCCUGCGCCGCGCGCUCUCCGCCCCGUCCCCGAUCCUCCCGUCUCGCCUCCUCUCCCUCUCCGCCGCCGUCCCCGUCAACGUCCGCCUCGCCGGCUCCUCCUUCCCGCCCACCUCCGCCGGCCUCCUCCCUUCCUUUGUCUCAUCCGCCGUGUCCUCCUCCCACUUCCUCUCCAGCCGCCCCCCGCACCGCCUCGCGCUCUCCCACAGCAUCCACCUCGAUGUCGCCGCCCCCGCCGCGUCCUCCGACCUCGUGACCCGCGCCGCGACCGCCGUCCAAGCCCACCUCAAUGCAGCCCCCGCGCCCUUCCACUCCAACGCCCUCUCCUCCGUGCCUUACAAAAUCAUCGACGAUAUCAUCGCCGAGGACUACCGAGCGCACGCCGGCUCGGCGUCCUCCCCGGCCGUCUACAUCUACUUGCUCGACCUCGGCCCGCAGCCGCGUCCGUACGCCUACACCGCGGCCUCCUCCUCUGCCGAUGGCCAUUCGCCUGCCUUCUCCCGCUGCCUCGCCCCUCUCUGGACCGGCAAGGAGCGCUACAUCUGGAUCGACCUCGGUGCAGGCCCGGUGGACUACGGGCCGGCGCUCUCCGGCGAAGGCGUCCUCCCUCGUGGUGAGUUUCAUCCUCUUGCUGCUCUCCACGGCCGCCCCAAGUCGGACAAAGCGCUCCUCGCGGAUCUGGCCUCACUGGUUCUCAGUGCUUACAAGUCGUUGCUAGUGCCUUCGCUCAGAAUCCCAGUGCAUUUUGAGAGCUCUUUGCUUAUUCGUUUUGUUCACAUCCAUGGUGAAGAGAAAGAUCCUGUUGGACUCGAUUGGAGUGCAAUUGAACAGUCGAUUCGUGAUGGAGAUCUGCCCUUCCAUGGCCAGAGCUUGAAUUUUGAUUCGCACAGUGUCAAGUACUCUGAGUGCUCAAUUUGCUCAUUUGCAAUUGCCCGCUCAACACACUCAUUUACAUCCAGGUUCUUGUUUGAGAAUUACACGAUGAUAGUGAGUGAGUACUUGGACUCCAAGCGGAUGAGGCAGGUGCUGUCAGACUCGUCGGAUGAGUUGCAUCGUGUGGCUGGGAUUCAUGAUGAUGAUGAGCAUGACAAGGUUGUGCCAGUUUAUGUUUUUGAUUUGGAUUUCGAUAAGCUUCUGUUGUUGGAUAGGUACCACCAAGCGGUGGCUUUCCGUGAUAUGGUGGUUGCUGUGAGGACAAGGAGCUCGCAAACGGUCAGUGACUACAGCUGUAAUGGUCGACAUGUAAUUACAAUGACUAGAAAUCUCGACCGUCCGAUCAUCGGCUCAGUUCUGCAGACCAUGUUUGGCGUCUCACCAACACACCAGUCAUGGAGCCCUGAGCACAAUGCCACGGUCGUUGAUUACACUUGGAGCACUGGACAUACACCAUUUGGGCCAUUCUCAGAGACCAAAUCACUGUCUUUUGUGCAGAAAGAUGCAGCCCGUAGGAAUGUUCUUCUUACCACCCUCAACUACACAAUCACUAGUACAGUUGAGGUUCUGGAGUCACUGGCUGCCCAUGGUGGGGAAAAUAUACUCCUUAGAAAGAAAAGGCAUGUUGAGUUCAUUCAAAGGUGGAAUCUGCUCACUUAUAAGUUGGAGAAGGUGGUGUCAGCCAUGUCCCGCCUGGAUUACAACAAGGCAAUGUACCUUUUGAGAUCUUCAGAUCAUGAUAUGUAUGCCAUUUACAUGUUGGUGUAUCAGGCUUCUCAGGAGCUGGAUGCCUCACUGGUUUGCUUCAAAGACCCACCAUUCCCAUGGCUAUCAGUUUCCUUGUCUGGAGUCUUUGUUUUUGGUUUCUUUUUUGUGUAUUCUAAGAGGGAUAGUUUGUUUAGGAGCAAAAGGAAGCAGUUCUGAGUUCUGACAGCAGUUUUGUUGGUGGAUACUACUUGAAAGCUUCACCCUGAUGCGAUCAUAGUUGACAGCUGCCGGGAAAUUGCAUCCUUGCAUAUUACAUGGAGCAGUGACUAGACACUGGGAAUGGGUGCAUCUUGUUCCAAGAUAAACUUAUAAGAGGUAUUCUAGAUUAUUUGAGGAAGUCAACACUUCCACUUGUCUUGUAAGUUUAAUGUGCCUGAAUUGCCCUUCAUACAUAAUGUUGAUCUAGAUUUUGCAGACA